AUGCCGGACUUUUCGGACGACCUGAAGCCCGCAUCACCAACUGGACCAGAGAUUCUGAGCCAGGAGAGAGAGCACUCAAACGUCCCUGUCGAUGAGCUCGCGCAGCAUCUCUUGUCUCGCAACGACUUCCUCAAGCGUCAAGAGCGUAUCAUACCAAUCCUCGAGAAGGAGCGUGUUUUCAGCAAAGCGAAACAACAGAAUCUCUCCCGACCUGAUCGAUAUCAACUCGGUCUGGCUCGGGCCAAACAACUUCGCCGCCUUGCGGACAAGCACUCGUGGGAUGAGGAAGACCAAUCGAUGUCGAAGUACCUCGUCGAUGACGUGUCGCCGUUCAUGGUUCACGAUUCUAUGUUUCCACAAACAGUCAAAGAACAAGGGAGUGAGGAGCAGCGAGCGUACUGGAUGCCAAAGAUUGAGAGGUGGGAGGCAAUUGGGUGUUAUGCACAGACCGAGCUUGGUCAUGGUAGCAAUGUCCGCGGUAUCGAGUGCAAAGCGACAUGGGAUCCUAAGGCGAAGGAGUUUGUCAUCCACAGUCCUUCAUUGACAGCCUCAAAGUGGUGGAACGGAAGUAUGGGCAGGACUGCCAAUACGGCCAUCGUUGUCGCUCAGUUGUACGUGCCGAAGACUGCCGACUCAACAGAGCUUGUCCAUCAUGGACCCCACACCUUCAUCGUUCAGAUUCGAGAUCUGAAGACCCACAAGCCACUGGAAGGCAUCGUCGUCGGCGAUAUUGGAGUCAAGUACGGAUACGCUCCGAUGGACAAUGGCUACAUGCUGUUCAACAACUUCCGCGUACCUCACUCGGCCAUGCUGUCGAAUUACUCAAGCAUCGACUACAACAACUGCACAUACACCAAGCCUGCAAAUCCUGCUGUGGUGUACGGCAGUCUAACUUACGUCCGAGCAACGAUCAUCAUGCACGCACGAUUGAUCAUCGCCAGAGCCGUCACCAUUGCUGUGCGGUAUUCCACCGUCAGACGCCAAUUUCAAGACAAAGAUACCACCGACAAGCAUGCCCCGGAACUGUCAGUGCUGGACUAUCCCACCGUGCAAAUCCGAAUCCUUCCACUUCUUGCCACAGCAUUUGCACUGCACUACACUGGAGAGGCUAUGCACAAUCUCUACUCCAACACAAGAGCACAAAUCGAAAAGGGCGACUUCAGCAGGCUGGCCGUCCUGCAUGCACAAUCUUCAGGUCUGAAAAGUCUGUGUACCGAGCUCGCAGCCAAUAGUAUAGAGACUUGCCGACGAGCCAUGGGAGGACACGGUUUCGGUGGUGGCAGUGGCUACAUCCAGCUCAACAGCGACUACCUCUCGAAGCCCACAGUCGAGGGAGACAACUGGAUGAUCACGCAGCAGACGGCAAGGUUCCUCCUCAAACGUAUGCAAGCUGCCGUUGCAGGCAAAGGUAAGGCCGAGGACGAAAUCGAGCAGUCAUGUCGAGACUGGCUCAGCGAGCGACAGCAGAGUCCCGCACCGUAUCGAAUCUUCCAGAGCGACGAAGAGAUCGUCAAGGCGUUCCACCGUCGAUCUCGAGACAUCACCUACCGUGCUUACGUGGAUCGUCAUGAGAAGAAGCGCAACUGGAAUGCGAUGCUUCUUCAGCUGCGCAAGGUCAGCCACGCUGAAUCUCAGUCGAUUUUGGUGACGAACUUCUACGAGGCCAUGUCUCAAGCAGACCUGUCACCUACCCUAAGAGAGCACCUCAAAGUACAGUUCCGACUGUUCGCUUUCUACACAAUGGACAGCGAAGCUCGCGACUUUGUCAAAGCACGAGCUGCCUCCGACGAGGAUGUGGAUGAGCUUCCGUCGAAGAUCCAAGACCUUAUGGCUGAAGUUCGACCACACGCUGUGCGCCUCGUGGAUUCUUGGAAGAUUCCGGACUACCUGCUGGACUCCGCACUUGGCAGGUCGGAUGGCAAGGUCUAUGAGGAUCUGUUCAAUCGAGCUCAUAGGCUCAAUCCGCUUAACGAGACGACAUUUAAUCCGUACUUCCAGCACGAUGAGAUCGUGAUGGGAGGAGGAAAGGCUAGCCUAGACAACAUUUUGGCGAAGCUGUAG